GCUCUUCGAGGUGCUUUCCCGACGGAAACUGGCGGGGUGUGCCGUAGCGUUUUGUACUCUGCGCGGGAUUGAAUCAAUAACAGGCCUGAUUGCAUUUGUCGUCGCCUGCUUUUGCUGCCAUCGUGCAGCGGCAUCUUGAUGGACGGUCUAUGGCGGUAGCGUCGUAGAAUGGGUGGCGGUUUCCACUCGUCGUGUGCACAAUCACCAUGGCCAGCCUCGUCCCGGAAUAUCACGCGCAAGGAGCGAAUACAGAUACGAUCAUCGUCGCUGUGGAAGAUGCUUGGAAUGCGUGGCCGCUGGUGAAGGAAGGUUUUGAGUCACGGCUCCCUAUUAAGCGGGCGACAUUGAACAACAAAACAAGAAAUCCGGUGGUCGUCGAUGCGCUACCAGUCGAAUAUGUAUUGUCUACCAGUCCUCGAUCCCGGAAUCGGCAGGACAAGUCGCUGCACUGGUUUCGCAAUCCUUACGCCGUUCUAUAUUUGGUGCUUUGCGAGUUGGAAGGUCGCUUCAGAGUGCUGAUGUCUUCGGACAAGCUGCUGGGCCACCCUAUGGACACAUUCCCUGCUGAUUCAGCAGGUCAUGCUGCCAGGACGUGCACGCCUUCUGCAUUGACUGCAUAGAAACGUUCGCAAUGCCGGCGUGUGGAUGUCGGCGAGCUUUUACAAC